AUGCACAGAAAAUCGGCAAAUCCACAUCGAAUGCACCACAGCCCGGGCAUCCCCUCCCUCCCGUGCUGUCCCUCCUUAGCAUCAGGCUCCCUUCUGCAUCUGCAGGCCAGCAGCUUUGGCCUGCAUCACUGCUGCAGGGCGCGCCUUGGUCCCCACACCCAACAGGCAGGGCAGGAGAGGUCACCCCCAAAGCGAAGGCUGCCCCUCGCAUUCCUAGGUGACCUGCUCCUCCCGACACUACGACACUACGUCUCUCCACAGCACCACAAGGUAGCAGCAACUCUGGGCGCCGGCAAAGGGCUGCCCUGGGCCUGGGUGGGGCCGGGCGGGGGCCGCAGGCGCCGAGUAGCUGUGCCAAGCCCGGUCGGCGAGAAGCCCGGAGACUGCGAUACUGCUGCAUUGUGCUGCAUCACGGGAGGGCGCGGCGCCCCAGGGCGGCUCCCCCAGCCCUGCGCGGGCGGGGAACUGGGCGAGGCGGGGGCGGCGGGGCGCGCGGAGCUGCAGCAGAGCAGCACGGACCACGCCUGGCCGCAGCCCCACACCGUUACUCGCACAGCCUGGAAGAGGCCCCGGGGGACCCCCGACUCGGCACGCACCCCCUUGCCAGGACCCAGUGAGUCCGGGGGUCCAGCGACCUCACUGCGGAGCCCGCCGCGCCCCGAGGGCCGGCUCCCCGCCCCCAAGGCCUCCGGGGUGCAGGGCAGCAGCGGCGUCAUGCGCCCCGGCCCGCGCCCCUCCUCCGCCCGCCCGCAGGCAGCCCGGGCCUCUUCUCCCCUGCGACGUUCGUCUUUAGAACGCAAUGGAAAAGGAGUUGCACCGGGAGGUGAGGAUGGAGCUCACUACAGAAAAGGACAACCAAUCAAAAUGUAAAGUUUUGGAGCCCACUGUAAAAGACUCCUGCAGCUAAAGCUCAGUGAACAUUGCAGAAGAGAGAGCAGAAAGAUUGUAAGAUACAGAGGCUCGGGGAAUUUGCCCUAAGGUUGUCUCCUAGUAAUCAGAAGCUAUACCUAUAAAGUCUCACCCAUUUGAUGGCUAAAUAAGGAUUACACUAAUGAACAUGCCAAACUCUACAGAGAAGAGCCCAUGAGGCCUCAACCCUCCACAAAAAAUUGUAGACAACCGAGGAGGGUUGGGAAUAAGAGAGGUGGUCUUCCCCAGAGAAGAGCACACCAACUUGCUGUCCAAUGCCAAAUGGUCAGCCCUGAAGACAUACAUUCAGAUGAUUCAGGAAGGGUGCUCCUCUGGGAAAGCCCCACCAGGCGAAGCUGAGGACAGGCCGGAAGGGCGUGUCCCACCCAUCCUCCUGCCGGUUCACUCUUUGCAAUCACAAAUGCCCAGUACAGAAGACGCCAAAAUCUUUCUUUUUUCCUGCAGCUUCACUCCACCUUCCACAUCUCAGGAAAGUGGUCUUGGUUUGGUUUUGGCCUGGGUCUUUUUAUAUGUUCAUGUGGUUUCUUUUUGUUUGUUUGUUUCUUUGGUUUUGUUGUUGUUGUUUUGUUUUGUUUUAAUACCAAAAUGGAAAAACUUGAUUGGUUUCCAGAGCCGGAAAUACCCAAUUUCUGCUCUAGUUUUUGUCUUUUUCAUAUCCUGAGGUUAAUCAUGUUGGAGAUACAGCAGCCUCCUCAAUGUCCAUUAACUUAAUUUUACAUGAACUUAGCUUCUGAGUAGGUGCUAGUUAACAUACAAUCCAAAGCUGCCAUCUUAGCCCAAUAAAAGAGUGUCUGCAAAGAAUGCCUUCUUCGCCUCUGGCUGGAAGUCCCCGUGAGUAGAAAACUUACGUAUGUGGUGCGGCUGAACCAAGUAAAACUUUUAUCAAAAAAA